AUGUCUUCGUUUAAUCAGAUCGACCCAUCAGCACAAUAUUCUCUACGAUGUCCGUUCUGCCGCUGUAAAAUCAUCUCUUUAACACCUGCGAAGCCCCGGUACGCUUCUAUAUCACCAAUAUCCACGGAAUUCGCAUUUGUCGACCUUUCUCCUUCAUUAGAGAUCAGCUCUCAUAAACCUGACCACAACGAUAUUUUCUUCCAUGUGGGCUCAAUGUGGGACUUUGAUAACAUCGGAGUGAGUAGACCGUCGUCGGAGAUAGCCGUUGAAAUGGAGAAUCUGGAGAAUAAGGACAGGAUGGUGCUGCAAAUAGCAAGAUUUUUAACGUGUGCAGACUGCGAUAAAGGACCACUCGGUUUUGCAGCACGGCACAGAUCUGCACCACCAGACAAACCAGAAAACGGAGAAAAUCUGAUCUACUUCCUUCGUGGAGGAUCGUGUCUCUACGAUAGUUAA